UCGAACGGACACUCACAAGGUUCUUCAACAGCAGCCACCCACCUCUACGGUUCGAACCUCGGGUGCCAUGCUGGUAAGAGAGAAAAAACUUCCGGAAUUAGAACGGAACAAAUUCUUUCCACCGGUCCGGUCAAAGGAUUAAGUCAAAUCCGAUAUUUAAGUCUCCGAUCAUAACACGGGGGUCCGAUGCCGAAGUAGAAGCCGUUUUCCCACACCUUUAUUUCCCCACCUUUGAAGGGUGGGGAAACUUGAGGUAGAUCGACAGCCGCCAUGUCGUCGAAACGCACCAUUCUGCUCAUCAACGGGCCCAACCUCAACCUUUUGGGUACCCGUGAGCCUCAUAUCUACGGAUCCGAUACCCUGGCCGACGUGGUGUUGAAUACGAGAGCCAUAGCAGACAAGCACGAUGCGACGCUCUACGAUUUCCAGAGCAAUCACGAGGGCGCCAUCGUGGACAGGAUCCACCAGGCGAAAGAUGAGGGCGUUGAUGGAAUCAUCAUCAAUCCAGGUGGUCUUACUCAUACAUCGGUGGUGGUCCGUGACGCGCUGCUCGGCGUUUCAAUACCAUUUAUUGAACUUCACGUAACAAAUGUUCACUCGCGAGAACCGUUCAGGCAUCAUUCAUACUUUUCGGACAAGGCGGCAGCCAUUAUUGUUGGCUUUGGCGUUAAAGGAUAUGAGUACGCUAUUGAUUUUGUUGUUACGAGCCCGAAGUUCGGUAAAACGAAGGAGAAAUAAAGUAGAAGUAUGUUUGAUUACAAUGUAACAACCUUCUCACUCUCGAAACAAGCCACAUUAUUCAUCGACUAUGCAAUCAAGAUUUGAGAUUCGACAGGUUGAACAGCAACUACAA